CGCCUCAGCAUCGAACGAGGUUGAACGUAUUUAUGGUUUGUGCACGUCACUCGAUACAUUAUCACGGAAGUACUCAAACCUUGAGAGAGUACAAGCAUCAAAUCCGACGUGAACCAAUACGAGCUCGCAGAACAGACGGAAUCGCGCGAGAUCGUAACAACGUGUUUACGUCAACAAUUUGCCAGUCUUUCACCCAGAAGGGAUCGCUGAGGUCUAGAUCGAUUCGCGCUUCGUCAAAGGACGAAAGGUGUAAACUAGAAUCAACGAAGAAAGAAAGGAGAAGGGGAAUACCGGGGGAAUAUCCAGAAAAACUAGUUCCCGCCGUCAUCCAAACGGACAAUUAGCACGCGCUCUCAUCUUGUUCUUUUUUUAUUUUUACGUUCGCGUUGCAAUCGUUACGCGACGACGACGAUUGCUCUCUCUUCUCUUGCACCGUUGCAAUUAAGGUACUAGUGACAAACACGUGCGGUCGGGAGUGUGCGAAAGGAAGAUUUUUCUCGACGAGAAACCAACCAGUCAAAUUGACUCGCCCUCUCGUUCAGACGAUGCCUCUGUCGUUCGACGGGUGACAAUCGUUGUAGAACAGGACAUACUAAUCGCGAUACGCGUUCGUAUUCCAUUCGCAUCAGAGAUAGUGCAUUCAACGUUCGGGUACGUUACCGCGCGCGUCGACCUAUCGUUUCCCUUACUAUGCACACUGAGAGGUACUCGACUACUAUGAGAGAAUGAGCUGCUCGGUGAAGAUAUCGUGUAGCAAGAACUGGAGCGGAUCGCAACGGAGGAUCAACUCCCUCGCGGAGGAAACGACGUGCCCUGCGGCUGGUAGUGCGAGCUGCGCCGGUUUAGCGGCCCAGUCGGCCGCAGCGUCGACGUCGACGUCGGCCGCGUCCACGGUGACCACCGGAAACGCUGUGACCCCGAGCACACUGUACAACCAGAGGCUCGCGCCACCGCGUCCCGCCAGAUCGGUCGCUGCUAAAAAAGGGGAGGAUACCACGAAACUGUUCAAGUACAUCGAGGAUAACGUCAUCGGCAAGAACGGCACGUUCUUCGGACCAUUCGGCCGCAGGAAAGUUGUUUACUGCGAUUACACUGCGUCUGGAAGGUCGCUGCAAUUUCUCGAGGAGUACGUGGCGAAGGAGGUGCUGCCAUAUUUGGGCGACACCCGCGCGUCCACGUCCAUUUGCAGCCUACAGUCUUCUCUGUUCAGACACGAAGCCCGAGACAUCGUUCGACAUGCAGUGGGGACUGGCGAGCAGGAUGCGGUCUUGUUCACCGGUCAAGGCACCGCUGGUGCCCUUCGCACGCUUCUGCGACACCUCGAUCUCUCGGAGUCGACGGUGGUGUUCGUGGGACCGUUUGAGCACCACGCGAAUCUACGGCCUUGGCGGGAGUACGGGGUCAGGAUAGUACGGGUGUCGGAGACACGUGAAGGUUUCUUGGAUCUGAAUGAUCUCGAGCGUAGCCUGAUCAAAGUGAGAGCUGAGGGUGUUACGCAAAUGAUCGGAUGCUUCAGCGCUGCUAGUUGCAUAACUGGGGUUUUGGCAGAUGACGUCGCUACGACCCUGCUGCUGCAUCAGUAUGGGGCACUCAGCGUCUGGGAUUACACCACAGCAGCCCCGUAUAUCCAGAUUGAUAUGAACCCGCAUUUGCCCGGCGUUGGUGAGACGGCGGUGCACAAAGACGCGAUUAUUUUCGCCGGGCACAAGUUCAUCGGCGGGGUUCAAUCGCCGGGAGUUCUCGUGACUAAACGGUCGCUGUUGAAAGAUAAAAUUGUUACGGAGGACAUGAGGGACUCCCAUCAUUAUCACCGCGAUCCGGAAUUACGCGAGGAGAGCGGGACCGCAGGUGUCGUAGAGACCAUCAGAUGCGGACUCGCGGUUCAAUUGAAAGAGAACGUGACGCCACGAGCGAUCGUCGCUCGUCAAGAUAAGAUUUCCAGGCAAGUGCUGGCGCACGUGCGCACGAUUCCGGAACUGAUAUUGCUCGGCAGCGGCUCGCAGAAUAUUAAGAGAUUACCGAUCUUCUCGUUCAUGGUGCGACACCCGCGCGGGACGUUUCUUCAUCACAACUUCGUCUGCGCCGUUUUGAACGACGUGUUCGGUAUACAAGCUCGGGGAGGCUGUGCCUGCGCCGGUCGUUACGCUCACGACCUGAUGGGAAUCGACCAGGAACUCGCCAAGGAGUACCAGGAAGCUCUUGUGGAAGGGGAACGGAACUCGGAGAACGAAGAGACAAACGCGGAGGGUUUGAGGCCCGGUUUCGCGAAGCUAUCGUUCCCGUACUUCAUGUCCGAGGCAGAAGUCGCGUUCGUCCUCGAAGCACUGAAGAUGGUCGCGACCGAGGGCUGGAAAUUAUUGCCGCAGUACGUGCUGAACCCGGACACCGGCGAAUGGCGGCAUCACACGAACAGCGUAUUCAAAGAGCGAAAGUGGCUCAGCUCGAUCAGAUACACGGACGGGAAAAUGAACGCUUCCGAGAGACGAGUGUCCGGUUCCGGGGUGCUUCCUCAGAACUACGGCGACUGCCUGCAGACGGCUAGGAACAUUUUCAACCGUGCCCGGAAAAUGGCGCAGAGGUAUCCCCUCCAGAUAGAUCGUAGUUACAACUUCGUGUCGAAACGGCUGGAGUCGUUGCGAUGGUUCAUGUUGCCGAGCGAGGCGCAGGAUCUUCUUCUGGGCAACUCGCAGAACGUGAAGCAGGACGUGCCUUUUAAUCCGAUACUGUCGUGGAGCAAGCAGGGCCACUGCACGCCCACGAGCACGCACGAUAGUCUGGCGAAUCUGUACAACAGCGCAGGUCUGGCCAGCAGCAUUCGACGACUGAACAGCGACAUUCCUCGGACGGGAAACGUGCCGAUAUCCUCGAUCUCGCCCAGACACCGAAGUCUUCCGGUAUUGAGCACCGUGAGGAAAACUUUGAUGAACACGCCAGAGUUUCAGUCCUCCAGUCCAGGCAGCGGCACCGACGAGGAACAAAUGAUCGCGAACAUCGAUAGAGGCAACGACUCGAUGGGUCAGAGGUCACCGGCCACUUGCCCGAGUUCGCCGAUGCCCGUGAGAUUCGCGGUUGGCGAAGCGGUCACGCCAUCGGUUCUCGGCGGUGCGAUGUCGCAUCCGGGCAACAGGCCAAUUAAAGAGCAGAGAGAUCUGAUGGACGCUGCCAACGCUGGUCGGACCAGGUGCAAUUCACUUGGCAGCACCACCGGUACCGCGAACGAUUCGGAGAACCGUACCGUGGCGUCCUCCUCGUCUUCGCCCGUCCCGCCGCUCCCGUUGAGCCCUCAAACUUUAAACAGCCUUGGACUGACCGGAACCAACGGCAACUCUGUGAAAUACAGACGUCUCCAUUGCAGUUGCAGCAGCCAGACGGAGUUAAAUUCAUUGGAACUGGACAACGGCAGCCCGAGUCACUCGAUCAUAUCUCUGAACUGUCACACGGCUACCUCGCCGCCGUCUUCGUUCUCGUCCGUUGGCGAUUACACGGAGAAGUUCGUGGGUGGUGGCAGGUCGUCGCCGGUUUCAGCGAACGGUGGGCAGAGGUCAGAAGAAGAUCUGCGAGCGUACGUGAAGGAGAUGACCAAGGAACUGGCGACGGAGAUCAAGUCCGAGAUUCGGGAAGUGAUCUCGAAGGUCGACGACGCGCUCUCGGAGACGAACACUUCGGAGAACACUCCGCAGCAUCAUUCACGAACCUUGAGCGCUAACAGUCAGCUCUCUGUCGAGGAUAAGCAAACGAGACACGAUUCGUUCACCGCUAGCGAUAUCGCGGAGUACUUGAUGGAAUUCUCGAAGGAAAUGGCGAGCGAAGUGAAAUCUGAGAUCAGGUGCAUGAUGAACGCUGUAGACGGAUUACACAGGCACUCGCCCGACGCUUCCGUUUCUGACGUUUCCUCCAAUGGUUGCGGAUCUCCGGACAGAGGAAGAGUACUCCAAUCCUCGUCUUCGCCGAGGAUGUCGAGUGCCAGGCGAAGCGGGCCAAUCGAGAUCUCCGGUAAGGUCGGAGAGCUGACGCAACAGGAGAGCAAGAUGUCCAGCGAGUGCUCGUCAGACGAGACGGUGAUAUACGUGAUGAAACCACCGGAGAACGAGCAGCUGGUUCGCAAUCAAUCAAAAACGGACGACGAAGAGGUGGUACCCGAGUUGGACGACGAUCUAAACGAUGACGACGGUCAAGAGCGUGGCGGUUUGGACAUCGGGGACGCGCAGAAAGUUCUUCCAAAAAUUUAUUCCGCAGUGAACUCCGUCAGCUCUCAGGACAGUGGUAUCAAUCUGUCCUUCCACGAGAGCGACAAGUCUCUGGAUUCGGUGGAUUUAAAGCGGAGCAGCAGUGCGGAAUCCAAUUCCGCGAACAGCUAUGGUCGCAAGCCUAGGACGAAUUCUAUGACAGCUUUGCCCGGUAAAUCGAGUUGCAAGCAGCAGCUCCGACAGAACGAGGACUUUUCAGAAGAUGAAGAAUGUUCUAGCGACUUGAAAGAGGAAGAAGACGGAGACCAAGCAGCGAAUUUUGAACCUAAUGCUGGAAAGAGCGAGGAGUCCCGAGUCCAGUGGCACUGUCCUCCGAAGAACGUCUGGAAGCCGGCAGUUGAAGGAAUACAGGAGUUCGAUAUGAUUCGGGACAACGAUAGAGUACUAGUUUGUCUAUCGCCUACCGGCAGAGAUUCAUUAUCGCUGUUGCACACGUUGCAUCAAUACCAAUCCUACGUGAGAUCGAAGGGCGUGGAGUUCGAGCUCGGAGCCGCCACUGUGGACACGAACAAAUACGAUCCUCUCGAGUUGAUGAGCUACUUGAAAGCCUUGGACGUUCCUUACUUUUACGAAGAGCAAUCGAGCGAGGCCAAAUGCAAUAGCGGCGAGAAUCAGCCGGAGGAAAUGGACGUCAAUGGUGCGUGCAGUUUUUGCAAUCGGACGACACGGGCACAGCUGUACGACAUCGCCAAGCGACACAAUUACAACGUCCUGGCGCUCGGCCAGCAUUUGGACGACCUCACCGAAGGUUUCCUGGUCUCGGUGUUCCACGGCGGCAAGUUGAAGACCAUGAAGGCCCACUACUACAUCCGCCGUCGAGAGCUCAGGGUCAUCCGACCGUUCGUUUACGUACGUGAAAAGGCGUUGCGACAGUUCGUCGAGAGCAAAAAGCUGUUAGCAUCAAGGGAAACUAGGUCAAGUGAUCUUCCGGAGAAACAGAAACAAAGCAAAGAACUGAUUCUUCAACAAGAGCGUGCCUAUCCUCGAAUAUACUGGUCCCUGAAGGCCGCCCUCAGACCUUUGAUCGACGCCCACGGACAGCUCCAAGACGCGGAUUCAAUUCCCUUAGCGGGGAAUAGUGCGGGGAGCAGUUCCAGCAGUUCCAGUUCGAGCGUCAGCAGCAGUACCACUGGUUCUAGUAAUCAACAGAAGAGACAGCGACGAGUGAAAACGAGCUCGGUUAUCGUUCAAUGCCCGUCGCAGGAGCGAGAAGAUGACGAGGAAACCGAUGAAGAACCGGUACUUUGAGGGAGACCCGCCGCGAGAUGGGAUUUAAAUCGUGCACCGGUCUCAUCCGCGCAUCACCGUCGAAAAUUACCGUCAUCAGCGUUCUCCGUGGUCAGACGAAGGCGGUUACGUUACGCCAACACCGUCGCGAAAGCAAAGGUUCAGGAUCCUAAAGGAGAAUGUUAAAAAAUAAUCGAUGCGUCGAUAUCAAUUCGUGUCGAAAUAAUCAAAUCGUGACGAAUCGAUUGAUGAUGAAUUUAAUUAUUUCGGAGAAAACAUUUCUUGUAUUAUCUCUUGCCAGUAGCGAUUGGUUGAUCGCUUGGUUUUUUUCUCUGUAGACGGUUGGUGCUUGAGCGAUUUCUCAAAUUUUGUUUCGGAAUUUGACGAACACAUUCACUGAGAUACCUCGCAGGAUUUCGUAAAUGUUUUUGAAAGUUCAUAAUAGAACGUCGAAGAUAGCGUAUACUCGAAUAAUUGACGCGAUACGAUCAAAUAUUUGUAUGCCUUGAAUUUUGAAUGAAUCGUGACGGCAUCGUCGCGGCUCGUUCGUUGUCUAACGGAUGCUCGACGAGCUACUUAAAAUGAAAACUGUUGUGCGCGGUUAAAUGUUACUUAGCUAAGGACACUUGGCGUUUAAUAACCACCAACAUGUCGAGACUUCAGUUAUACUUAUCGCUUGACGGCAGAGGCAGACGAACAUUGCAACCACGUCGUUGAAAGUUCUGCCUGUUGAAUAAAGUGACGAUCUAUGAGCGAAGGAACUUUGGAUCGUUGGUACAAGUGUUAACGAUAUGAGAAACGAAAGUGUGUCGAGAAGAGCCAAAACCUCAACUGCUCAAAGGACUGAAGUGUACGUUUGAUUUUUUAUAUAUAAUUGUGAUUUGAUAAAAGCAACGAGUCUCGCGCAACACGAUGAUUAGAGUUAGUCGUUUUCAGAUAAUUGACAAAUUUUUGUAAACCGUGCCCAGAACCGUGGCUGUCCCGUCGGGACGAGAUCCUUUUACCAAGCAUUUCUUGAUCAUUGAACAUAAUGAGUCUUUCAUUGGAGGAGGAAGAUUAAGGAUUUGUAAGGACCAUUGCAUUUGAUCAUUAUCGUUUCGAAUCGAUAGGACGUUCAUUUUUUUGCGGUCAGAAAAACGUCGUCCUUGACAAUUCGACAACGCAUCAAUGUUGAAAAUUAAAAAGGGAAACACCGAUAUGUGCGACGGACCAAUUCGAUAAAGGUGCAUACGUGUGUCUGUACGUUCUUUGGCUCGCGCGAACGUUAAAUAUCUUUGCAGUAUAGAAGCAAAUUCCCGAACUAAGAUUUGAGGGUUUGAGGUUUUGACGAAUUAUCAAAUUCUAUUUGCAUGUACUUCAAUAGCACGCACAUAAUACAUGCGCGACUGGUCGCAUGUAUGUACAUCGCGAUUAUAUUAUACGUGUACAUAUACAUAUACCUACCUACCGCUUCCCUGACAAGUAAAUCGAAGAAACGUGGUACAUAUAUAUAUAUAUAUAUAUAUAUAAAAUAUACAUAUAAUGAAUCAUUAAACGAAAGCUUUUUCCUCUUAACUGGUAUGAAUAUACAUACAUCUAUACAUGAAAUAUAUCACGCAUGUCGCCUUGUUCGAGAUAACCGGCGGAUCAUAUUUUUCGACUAUUGUAUAGCCCCUUCUUCGUCGAUCGAAAAAACAAACUAAAAAAGCAAAAAAAAAAGAGCGCGAGUGUCGGGUCGCUCGCAAAAUGUUUUUAGGAAACGAGUGUAUGGGAUAACUUCAAAUUCUUCUUGUUAUUAACGUGGUGAGCGUAAUCAUUUCCGAAACUUGUCCUCGCCAGGUGUUUGGAUUUUGUGUAAAUGUGGAUAUUAGAUCCCAACCAUCAGUAGACUAGGUCCCACGCGAAGCCAGUUAAACGGUCAAAAAGCUGGAUUGGCGUAUAGGUGAACAUAUGUGUAAAAUAUAAGACAGCCGAAGCACGCUCGUGAUCCAAUCAUUGAACAAAGUCGUGCGGCUUGAUACUUAACGUACACGUCUUGCGUUUCCCUUAUUUUUUUUAUGUUCCACGGUUGCUAGCUGUAUCUGUUUAGAAUUCAUCAGAAAGGAACGUAGGCCGCAUGAAUAAACAAAAGAAACUACAUGCACACGCAGCGUAGAUUCCCCUGUAUAAGUACGCAUUUUACGUCGUACCGAUUUCUUUCUCCUUCUUUAGCGACAAAUUCACGGGGCGUGAAAGUGUGCUUUGAACACCGAGUGUAGUUGGGAUGCGAAACACGCGAGACGGAAUGGACGGAUGUCUUUUGAUCUAUAUCAAUUUCUGCGGAUAGAUAUUACCAUAUUUUCCGAGAGUUACGAGAAGACGUUGUUACUGUAAAGAUAUGUAAGUUUAUUUAUCGCUAAUAAAAAUGAACGUUUAAGAAAAUUA